GAUUGAAGCUCAAUCGUUCAGGUUCAAUCUCCCCUCCUCAAAUCAAUUGUCGAACCUUGAGGUCUGGUCACAAUCACCAAUCUCCCCUAGACCUCAUCAUCACGAUGGCAGCUUCACUCACCCGGCUGGCCGGCCGCAAUGCCAAACGCCUCUGCCUGCGACCUGCACUCCCAAAAGCCUCUGCGCCACGAGCUUCAGUUCGAGCUUUCUCUGCUGUACCUUCGAGACGAUAUGCAGAGGAAUAUGCUGGUACGAGACUCAUCCCCACCGACGAGCACUUCGCCCAUCCCACCAACCCCGAAGACCCUCAGCAUCUGAAUGUAACCCCCGACUCGAAUUUGGACGGCGAGGCGGUUGAGAAUAGGAAGAUCAGACACUACACUGUGAACUUCGGUCCACAACAUCCUGCUGCUCACGGUGUGUUGCGGUUGAUCCUGGAGCUCAAUGGAGAGGAAAUCGUGCGAUCAGAUCCUCAUGUGGGAUUGCUACAUCGUGGCACUGAAAAAUUAAUUGAGUACAAGACAUAUCUUCAGGCAUUGCCAUAUUUCGACCGACUGGACUACGUCUCUAUGAUGACCAAUGAGCAAUGCUUCUCACUGGCAGUAGAAAAGCUCCUGAAUAUUGAGAUUCCAGAGCGGGCAAAGUGGAUUAGGACGUUGUUUGGUGAAAUCACGCGAAUCCUUAACCAUCUCAUGUCUAUCUUGUCUCAUGCAAUGGAUGUUGGUGCACUUACUCCUUUCUUAUGGGGUUUUGAAGAACGUGAAAAGCUUAUGGAAUUCUAUGAAAGAGUUUCAGGGGCCCGCCUCCAUGCUGCAUAUGUCCGUCCUGGAGGAGUGCACCAAGACUUACCCGUCGGACUUCUCGACGACAUUUAUCAAUGGGCUACCCAAUUCAGUGACCGCAUUGAUGAGACCGAAGAGUUGUUGACCGAUAAUCGAAUCUGGAUUGGCAGGACGAAGGGAGUAGGGGUUGUCUCGGCGGCUGAUGCCUUGAAUUAUUCGUUUACUGGGGUUAUGCUGAGAGGCUCUGGUGUUCCAUGGGACGUUAGAAAAAGCCAACCAUACGAUGCGUAUGGAGAGGUUGAUUUCGAUGUACCCGUUGGAGUGAAUGGUGACUGCUAUGAUCGAUACUUGUGUCGGAUGGAAGAAUUUCGGCAAUCCCUCCGGAUCAUCCACCAGUGCCUGAAUAAGAUGCCUGCUGGUCCGAUUCGAGUCGAAGAUUAUAAAAUCUCGCCACCUCCUCGAGCAGCGAUGAAGGAGAACAUGGAGGCCUUGAUCCACCAUUUCUUACUCUUCACCAAGGGAUAUACUGUGCCACCUGGAGAAACAUAUUCAGCAAUUGAAGCUCCCAAGGGAGAGAUGGGAGUUUUCGUUGUUAGUGAUGGGAGUGAGAGGCCUUACAGAUGCAAGAUCCGGGCUCCAGGUUUUGCCCAUCUCGGAGGGUUUGACCAAAUCUCAAGAGGACACUUGCUCGCUGAUGCCGUGGCAAUUAUCGGAACGAUGGACUUGGUGUUUGGUGAGGUCGAUCGAUGAAAAUUGAGUGGAGAGUUGGUGUUGUACAUUUGUCAUUCAAGC